AUGGCAGCCGGACCCCCCUGGCUGGCCCUCGCCCGCGGGGCGGCCCUCGCCUGGGUGCCGGUGGCCGGUGCACCGAUGCCGCUGCCGCCACCGGAGAAGCAGCCCGGCCCGGACGGACUCAUCGUCCUGAACGUGAGCGGAACCCGGUUCCAGACCUGGCCCGACACGCUGCAGCGGUACCCGGACACGCUGCUGGGCUCCAGCGAGAGAGACUUCUUCUUCCUGGAGGAGAGCAACGAGUUCUUCUUCGACCGGGACCCGGAGCUCUUCCGCCACAUCCUGAACUUCUACCGCACCGGGAAGCUGCACUUUCCGCGGCAGGAGUGCGUGUGCGCGUACGACGAGGAGCUGUCGUUCUUCGGCAUCAUCCCGGAGAUCAUCGGGGACUGCUGCUACGAGGAGUACCGGGACCGGCACCGGGAGGACCAGGAGCGGGUCCAGGACGACGUGGAGAUGGAGCAGAGCCGCGAGCACGUGACCGUGGAGCUGAGCCUGCGGGAGACCAUGUGGCGCGCGUUCGAGAACCCGCAGUCCUCCACCAUGGCGCUGGUCCUCUACUACGUCACCGGCUUCUUCAUCGCGGUGUCGGUGAUGGCCAACGUGGCGGAGACGGUUCCGUGCGGGGCGGCGCGGGAGCGCGCGCGGCAGGCGUCUUGCGGGGAGCGGUACGCGCUCGCGUUCUUCUGCCUGGACACCGCGUGCGUCAUGAUCUUCACGGUUGAGUACGUGCUGCGCCUCCUGGUGGCGCCCAGCCGCUACAACUUCGUAAAGAGCGUGAUGAGCAUCAUCGACGUGGUGGCCAUCAUGCCUUACUACAUCGGCCUCGUCAUGACGGACAACGAGGACGUGAGUGGGGCCUUCGUCACGCUGCGUGUCUUCCGCGUGUUCCGUAUCUUCAAGUUCUCGCGACACUCGGCGGGACUUCGCAUCCUGGGCUACACGCUACAGAGCUGCGCGUCGGAACUCGGCUUCCUGCUCUUCUCGCUCACCAUGGCCAUCAUCAUCUUCGCCACCGUCAUGUUCUACGCAGAGAAAGGAUCGAGCGACAGCAAGUUCACCAGCAUCCCGGCGGCCUUCUGGUACACCAUCGUCACCAUGACAACGCUGGGGUACGGUGACAUGGUUCCGAAAACGAUCAUGGGGAAGAUCUUCGGUUCUGUCUGUUCUCUGAGCGGAGUUCUGGUCAUAGCUCUGCCCGUCCCCGUCAUCGUGUCCAACUUCAGCAAAUUCUACCUCCAGAGUCAGAGAGCGGAGAAGAGACGAGCUCAGAAGGUCGGACCCUGAACGCACCAUGACGUCACACACACAUAUUUUAAAGGGACAGCUCACUGAAAAAUGAAAAUUCAUUCAAAUUCGACUCCAAACGACGAUUUAUCCAAAGAGGCGGGACAAGCGCUGGUGUGUAAAAUCAACCAUGACUACGAAGUUCACCAACAUCACCUGCUGCAGUGUCUGGAGAAGACCACAAACCAUGAGGUUGUGGCAGAGAAGACGUACCAUGAGAGCUGCAGGGAGGUGACGCUGGUGAAGCAGGUUUCCCGUUCUUCCUCCAUCUUGUCCUCACCGCACAGCCUCACGUCCUGCUGCGCCCGCAGGAAGAAGAAGACCUUCAACGUCCCAAACUCCAACAUGUCUGUGGGUCUGCAGAGCAGCUUCCAGGAGCUGAGCACCAUCCAGAUCAGAGAGAGGCCGAGUUUAGCUGACAGUCGUUCCAGUCUGAACGCAAAUUUCGAGGAGACGGUUCCUUUGAACUGCGACGGGCCGCACAUCACCGCCGCUGUCAUCAGCAUGCCAACGCCGCCUGGCACCAAGACCGUAGGUGACGGAUCAACGGGCUCUGCCAACGACUCCCAGGGCAACAUCGUGCGGGUGUCAGCGCUCUAG